AGAUGAGGAAAAUAGCUUUAUGUCUACGUGAAGUGCUGUGUGUCUUGUGUAUGUGUGCGUGUGUAACGCCCCUCUGUCAGCAACAGUCAGUGCUGCAGCUCGUCCCUCAUGUCAUUUCCAACUCGGGAACACAAGUGACAACAUCUCUGUCUCGCACAGAGGAUCUGCUGGAGGAUGAAUUGAAACUUUUUUUAGAACUUCCAUUUCUUGAUUUGUUUUAUAUUUUUUAUCUUUUACCUUAAAGGGGGACACAAGGUCGGAUCUAUGAAAAAGCCACGUGGAUUAGUAAAACCGUGUUAAACUAGAAGGAAUGUAUAAUUUCUUUGCCAAACUAACUUUCCUGUUGUCGCUGAUCGGUCAUACACGAGGCCUGGGAUGCCUGAAUGAGCCGUGUUUGAACCAGGGGACAUGUGAAACGACCAAAGAUGGAAACAAGUGCAAAUGCCAAGGAUUCAUAGGAAACCGUUGCCAGUUUCCCGACCCGUGCAUCUCCUCGCCAUGCCUGAACGGCGGCAUGUGUCAAGGGGUCGCCAGCGGGAACACGGUGGACUACAGCUGCACCUGCAAACCGGGAUACAUCGGCCAUCGCUGUGAGACAGUGGUCCACAACGCCUGCUUCACCGUACCAUGUCGCAACGGAGGCACCUGUGAGCCAGACGGCCUCCAGGCCUACAGGUGCCGCUGUCCGCCUGGAUGGUCAGGUAAACAGUGCAAACAAGCCGACCCCUGUGCUUCGAACCCGUGUGCCAACGGCGGCCAGUGCCGUGCCAUCGACUCCCAUUUCGUCUGCACCUGCACGCCAUUCUUCUCGGGGAAGACCUGCACACAGGACGUCAACGAAUGCGGCGUGAACCCGUCUCCCUGCCAGAACAGCGGCAUGUGCGUCAACGAGGUUGGCGGGUACCGAUGCCAGUGCCCUCAGGAGUACAGGGGCACUCACUGUGAGAGCCGCUACCUGCCCUGCAGCCCGUCACCCUGCCAAAACGGAGGCACCUGCAUUCAGAAAGGAGAGACCAGCUAUGAAUGCUCUUGCGUACCAGGUUUUAGUGGUAAAAACUGCAACUAUAACAUCGAUGACUGUCCCAACCACGAGUGCCAAAAUGGAGGUACAUGUGUGGAUGGAGUCAACACCUACAACUGCCAGUGUAAACCAGAGUUCACAGGUCAGCUCUGCACAGAGGACGUGGACGAGUGCCAAUUGAUGCCCAACGCCUGUCAAAACGGUGGGACGUGCCACAACAGCUACGGCAGCUACCAGUGUGUGUGCGUCAACGGUUGGACCGGCGACGAUUGCAGCGAGAACAUCGACGACUGCGCCAGCGCUGCAUGCCACACCGGGUCCACGUGUCACGACCGCGUCGCCUCGUUCUUUUGCGAGUGUCCCAUUGGCCGCACAGGUCUGCUGUGUCAGCUGAAAGAUGCCUGCAUCAGUAACCCCUGUCAAAAAGGCGCCAACUGUGACACCAACCCUGUCAAUGGAAACCAUUUUUGCACCUGCCCCUCUGGAUACUUCGGGGCUUCCUGUGAUCAGGAUGUUGAUGAGUGUGCACUGGGUCCCAACCCCUGUGAACACGGGGGCAAGUGUAUCAACACCAAGGGUUCGUUCCAGUGCAAGUGCCUGCAGGGCUACGUGGGCCCGCGGUGCGAACUGGACAUCAAUGAGUGCAUGUCCAACCCCUGCAUGAACGAAGCCACCUGUCUGGACCAGAUCGGAGGGUUCCGCUGCAUCUGCAUGCCAGGCUACGAGGGGGAGUUCUGCCAAAUCGAUACGGACGAGUGCGCCAACAACCCCUGCGUGAACAACGGCAGGGGGAUCGACAAGAUCAACUCCGACUGCCAGUGCCCCACAGGCUUCUCUGGGACCCUCUGCCAGAUAGACAUCGACGAGUGCGCCAGCACGCCGUGCAAAAAUGGCGCCAAAUGCACAGACGGGCCUAACAAAUACACCUGCGAGUGCACCGAAGGUUACAGCGGCAGACACUGUGACACCGACAUCAACGAGUGUUACUCCGACCCCUGCCACUACGGCACUUGCGUCGACGGCCUGGCCUCCUUCAGCUGCUACUGUAACCCGGGCUACACCGGGCGGCUGUGUGAAACCAACAUCAACGAGUGCCUGAGCCAACCGUGCAGGAACGGCGGCACCUGCCAGGACCAGGAGAACACCUAUAUGUGCAGCUGUCCUAAGGGAACCACAGGAGUGAACUGUGAAAUCAACAUUGACGACUGUAAGAGCAACGCCUGUGACUACGGGACGUGUAUCGACAAAAUUGACGGCUACGAGUGCGCCUGUAAACCAGGCUACACCGGAACCAUGUGUAACAUCAACAUCAACGAGUGCGCCAUUAACCCCUGCCACAACGGCGGCACCUGCAUCGACGGCAUCAACAGUUUCGUCUGCGUGUGUCCCGAAGGUUAUCAUGACACCACGUGCUUCUCGCAAGUCAACGAAUGUCUCAGCAACCCCUGCAUCCACGGCCGUUGUGAAGACAAGGUCAACGGCUACAAAUGUCUGUGCAAACCAGGCUGGAUCGGCAAGAACUGCGACGUCAACAACAAUGAGUGCGAGUCCAACCCGUGCAUGAACGGAGGCACCUGUAAGGACAUGACCGACGGAUUUCUUUGCACCUGUCACUCAGGCUUCACGGGACCAUACUGCCAGACCAACAUUAACGAGUGUGGCUCCAACCCCUGCCUCAACCAGGGGACGUGCAUGGACGAUGUCGCCGGCUACAAGUGCAACUGCGUCCUGCCUUACACGGGGGAGAACUGUGAAACCCUGAUGGCACCAUGUAGCUCCAGACCCUGUAAACAUGGAGGAGUGUGUCAGGAGUCAGAAGAUUAUCUGAGCUUCUCCUGUGUUUGUCCCGAAGGAUGGCAAGGACAAACCUGUGAGGUGGACAUUAAAGAGUGCGUGAAGAACCCCUGUCUGAAUGGAGCGACCUGCCAGAACACUCUGGGCAGUUAUCACUGCGACUGCAAACCGGGCUUCAGUGGACGCAACUGUGAGACCGACGUGGACGACUGCAAGCCCAAUCCCUGCAGCAACGGAGGCCAGUGCAAGGACGAGGUGAACGGGUUCCUGUGUACGUGCCUGCCGGGCUUCAGGGGGACGAGGUGUGACGAGGACAUCAACGAGUGCGAGAGCAACCCGUGCAAGAACGGAGCUAACUGCACCGACUGUGUCAACAGCUACACCUGCACCUGCCCACCUGGCUUCAGUGGCAUCCACUGUGAGAACAACACUCCCGACUGCACGGAGAGCUCCUGCUUUAACGGUGGCACCUGUGUGGACGGCAUCGACACCUUCACGUGUCUGUGCCCGCCCGGCUUCACAGGGAGCUACUGUCAGCACGACAUCAAUGAGUGUGACUCCAAACCCUGCAUGAAUGGAGGGACCUGCCACGACAGCUACGGCGCAUACAAGUGCACCUGCCCCCAUGGUUACACUGGACUCAACUGUCAGAACCUGGUGCAUUGGUGCGACUCGCUGCCCUGUAAGAAUGGUGGAACGUGCUGGCAGAGAGGAACCACCUACAGCUGUGAAUGUGAGACCGGCUGGACCGGCCUCUACUGCGACGUGCCGAGUGUUUCCUGUGAGGUGGCAGCUAAACAGAGGGGCGUGGAUGUCGCCCAUCUCUGUCGUAACUCGGGUCAAUGUUUGGACGCAGGUAACGUUCACUACUGCCACUGCCAGAUAGGAUAUACCGGAAGCUACUGCGAGGAGCAGGUGGAUGAAUGCACCCCCAACCCCUGUCAGAACGGCGCCACCUGCACUGACUUCUUAGGAGGAUACACCUGCAAGUGCAUGCCAGGCUUUGUGGGGACCAACUGCUCCAAGGAGAUCAAUGAGUGUUUCUCUCAGCCGUGCCAGAAUGGGGGUACCUGUAUUGACCUGAUCAAUACCUACAAAUGCUCCUGUCCCCGCGGAACCCAAGGAGUUCACUGCGAGAUAAACAUCGAUGACUGCAACCCCUUCACUGACCCCAUCACCAAAGAGCCAAAGUGCUUCAAUAAAGGCAAGUGUGUGGACGGAGUCGGGGGCUACCACUGCACCUGCCCACCGGGCUACGUGGGAGAGCGCUGCGAGGGUGACGUCAACGAGUGCCUGUCCAACCCUUGUGACCCGCGCGGUACGCUCAGCUGCAUCCAGCUAGCCAACAACUACCGCUGCGAGUGUCGCACCGGAUACACAGGUCAACGCUGCGACACUGUGUUCGAUGGCUGUAAGGGCAGACCUUGUAGGAACGGUGGAACCUGCGCUGUGGCCAGUAACACGCCCCACGGUUUUGUCUGCAAAUGUCCUCCUGGCUUCACCGGCUCCAGCUGCGAGUACGACGCCCAGGCCUGUGGCACACUGCACUGUCACAAUGGGGGCACCUGCAUCUCCGGCCACAAGACUCCCAAAUGUCUGUGCACGCCGUCGUUCACCGGGCCCGAAUGCAAUUACCCCACCAACAGCCCCUGUAACUCAGACCCCUGCUACAACGGCGGCACCUGCGAGUACACCACCGAGGCACCAUUCUACCACUGCGUCUGCCCCACCAACUUCAACGGCCUCCGCUGCCACAUCCUGGACUACGGCUUCCAGGGAGGGUUUGGCCACAACAUCACGCCCGCCCCAGACCUGGAGGUGGAAUGUCUGAUCCCUCAGUGCAAGACGCACAAGGACAACAACCGCUGCGACGAGAUGUGCAACAACCACGAGUGCGGCUGGGACAAUGGCGACUGUUCGCUGAACUUCAACGACCCGUGGAAGAACUGCUCCGCCUCGCUGCAGUGUUGGCGCUACUUCAACAACGGAGUGUGUGACCUUCAGUGUGACAAUGCUGGGUGUCUCUACGACGGCUUUGACUGCGAAAAUUUGGAAGGACAGUGCAACCCUCUGUACGACCAGUACUGCAAGGACCACUACGCCGACGGCCACUGCGACCAGGGCUGCAACAAUGCCGAGUGUGAGUGGGACGGCCUGGACUGUGCCAACAAUAUGCCUGAGAACCUGGCGGUGGGUCAGCUGGUGCUGGUGGUCCACAUUACGCCCGAUCAGCUCCUGACCAACUCCUCCACCUUCCUGCGCGAGCUGAGCCGCGUCCUUCGCACCAACGUGGUGUUCAGGAAGAGCACCAAAGGCGAGGUGAUGGUGUAUCCCUACUACGGCAACGAACAGGAGUUGAGGAAGUACAACGUGAAGCGCUCGGUGGACACGUGGUCCGAGGUUCCCGGUCGCGUUCUGAACGUGGUGAAGAGGAGUCUCACCGAUGCGGUGGCAAUGAGACGAAAGAGGGAGCUGGACCACCUGCAGAUUAAAGGUUCGAUCGUCUACUUGGAGGUGGACAACCGUCAGUGUUUCCAGCAGUCCACUGAAUGUUUCCAGAGCACCACUGACGCUGCAGCCUUCCUGGGAGCUUUGGCCUCCAGUGGAAAACUGGACGUUCCAUACAGCAUCAAAGCUGUGUUUAGUGUGGACCAGAAGCAGUCAUCCAACCUCUACCCCAUCUACCUGGUUCUGGGCGGCGUUGGGUUACUGGCCUUCCUCGGAGUGGGGAUGGUGGCCGCCCGUAAGCGACGCCACGAACACGGGCACCUCUGGCUCCCUGAGGGCUUUAAGACCACGGAGACGAGCAAGAAGAAGAGACGUGAGCCUGUCGGAGAGGAUUCAGUCGGAUUAAAGCCACUGAAAAACACCUCGGACAUCUCACUCAUGGACGACGCUCAGAACGAAUGGGGCGACGACGAGCCCUCGGACGCCAAACGUUUCAGGUUUGAUGAUCAGGCUAUACUGGAGACCGACGACCAGACGGACCAUCGGCAGUGGACUCAGCAGCACCUGGACGCUGCUGACCUGCGCAUCCCCUCCAUCGCCCCCACGCCUCCUCAGGGCGAGAUCGAGAACAGUUGCAUGGAUGUCAACGUUCGGGGACCAGAUGGAUACACUCCCCUGAUGAUCGCCUCCUGCAGUGGGGGAGGUCUGGAGACGGGCAAUAGCGAGGAAGAGGAGGACGCGUCUGCUAGUGUGAUCAACGACUUCAUUUACCAGGGCGCCAACCUACAUAAUCAGACCGACCGCACGGUUCACCUGGCCGCCCGCUAUGCCCGCUCCGACGCCGCCAAACGCCUCCUGGAGGCGAGUGCCGAUGCUAACAUCCAAGACAACAUGGGCCGGACGCCGCUGCACGCCGCUGUGGCUGCUGACGCACAGGGAGUGUUUCAGAUUCUGAUAAGGAACCGUGCCACAGACCUGGACGCUCGUAUGCACGAUGGCACCACGCCCCUGAUCUUGGCUGCCCGGCUGGCAGUAGAGGGCAUGGUUGAAGAGCUCAUCAACUGUCACGCUGACGUCAAUGCUGUCGAUGAUUUUGGUAAAUCAGCGUUACACUGGGCGGCAGCUGUGAAUAAUGUGGAGGCUGCAAUUGUGCUGCUGAAGAACGGUGCCAACAAAGACAUGCAGAACAACAAGGAGGAAACGCCUCUGUUCUUAGCAGCCAGAGAAGGAAGCUACGAGACCGCCAAAGUUCUACUGGACCACUUUGCCAACAGGGAAAUCACGGACCACAUGGACCGACUGCCCAGAGACAUCGCUCAGGAGAGAAUGCAUCACGACAUUGUGCGACUGAUGGACGAGUACAACCUGGUACGAAGUCCUCCCAUGCACGGGGGCUCACUUAGCGCCACAUUGUCACCCCCUCUCUGUUCGCCCAACGGUUACCUGAGCAACAUGAAGCAGCCUCAGGGGCAAAACCAGAGCAAGAAGGCCCGGAAGCUCAGCGCCAAGGGCAUCGGCUGUAAGGACGGUAAAGACAUGAAGAUCAAGAAGAAGAAUUCCCAGGACGGGAAGCCCGGGAACCUCCUGGACAGUUCAGCUGUCCUGUCGCCCGUCGACUCUUUGGAGUCUCCGCACGGAUAUGUCUCCGAUGUGGCCUCGCCCCCUAUGAUGACCUCACCUUUCCAGCAGUCACCCUCUGUAUCCUUGAACCAUCUGCAGGGAAUGUCCGACCCACAUCUCCCUGUAAACCACAUGGUUAUGCCCAACAAGCAGGAAUUGGCGCGGAUGCAGUUCGACCCGCUUCCUCCCCGCCUCACUCAUCUGCCCGUGUCGGGCUCCAGCGGCCAGGGCGCCAUAAACGGUCAGUGUGACUGGCUGUCCAGGAUGCAUGGCAACAUGAGCCAACCGGGCCAGUUCAAUCCCCUGAGAGGAGGUCCCGGCGGUCAGGUGGGCCUCCACCAGGGGGCUCAGCACGGCAUGAUGACCUCCCACCACAAUGGUAUCCCAGCCUCUAGCCUGUCGCAGAUGAUGACCUACCAGGGCAUCCAGAGCACCAGGAUGGGGCCACAGUCCCACAUCAUGCAGCAGCAGAUUCAGCAGAUACAGAACCUCCAGCAGAUCCAACAACAACAACAACAACAACAAAGCCUUCAGCUACAGCAUCAGUCCUCAAACAACUCCAACAACCAGAAUUUCAUCAGCGGCGAGCUGACGUCUCCUGAUCCCCAGCAGGGCAGCGGCGGGGGCGGCCCCCGCGGCGGGGGCCGCUCCACCCUCCCCAUCCACACCAUUUUACCACAGGAAACACAGAUCAUGCCCACCUCCAUCAACCAGUCCAUCGCCAGCACGCAGUUCCUCACCCCUCCCUCGCAGCACAGCUACUCAGGCCCCAUGGACAACACCCCAAACCAUCAAGUCCAGGUGCCUGACCACCCUUUUCUCACCCCGUCCCCAGGCUCUCCCGACCAGUGGUCCAGUUCGUCUCCACAUUCCAAUCUCUCGGACUGGUCAGAGGGCAUUUCUAGCCCCCCCACGAGCAUGCAGUCUCAGAUCGGGCACAUACCUGAACAGUUCAAAUAAAAAGACGCCCAGAAAAGCUGCUCCCUAUUUUUGACAUCACAAUAAAGAAAAGGCACUCUUUCUGGGGAAACAGGCCAGAGUUUUUAAAACAAUAUUAUUAUUAUGUUUGUUUUCAUACUAACAGUAACACCUGUUGUCAUCUAUUCUUUUUUUUUAUUUAUUAAUGUUUUAUUUAUAUGCACUUCCUGCUUGAUGAAGAGUGUUGGGUUGUAGCAGGAUGCAGACUUUUAGAAAAGUUUUUUGUUUCGUUUUUUUCUGCUUUUUUUAGCACACAUUGUCAGUGAAGUCACAGCAAAAACACUGGGUAUUUAUUUUCUUUCGUCUUUAUUUUUUACAUAUGUUUUUUUCGACCUUUGUUCGUAACGUUUUAUCGUUUCGUUCUUAUAAUCAUGUUUAUAGAGAAAAUCGAGUUUGAGGGGCAUUUCAUGAAGCUCAUUUUAUGUCUCAGUGUUAUUUUAAACGGUGGCGUAAGUUUGGCAAAUAUUCUAGACGGCGCUGAUGAAUGCCGAUAUUUCACCCACCCCUAACUGUUGUUUUAAAAAUUUGUAAUUUUUUUUUACGUUCACUCUAGACUUGUGUAAAUUUACACAGCAUCUAGAUCCGAUCACCUUCACACGUAUGUAGAGAUACGAUAUGUCAGUGAUGUGAUUAUAUGAUGUACAGUGUAAGAAAAGUAGACCUGUCAGUCUUUCACUGUUGGAAACCCCGGCCCAUUGGCCACAGUGUUUGUUUUUGUGCAGAGGGAAAAGGAAUCUGAAUUUUUUUCCCCAGUCCCUCCUAUUAGUUUAAGCCUAUGGCUGUGUUCAUCCAUUUUGUAAAUACGUUCCCUCGUAAGCAAGAUUUUGUUUAAGAAAUCUGAUGUCUUAGGCAGUGAUGGCACAGAUAGAGCGCCUUCGACAUAUUGAACAGAACAGAAUAUACACGUAAACAUAUAUAAAUAUAUAUUUUCUACUCUCUUUUAUGCAUACAAAAACUAGACUACGUAAGAAUGGAUACAAAUAUAUUGUUAGAAGACAUUUUUUCGAAGAUUACGUUCUGAUAUGAUUUUGCUGUUCUGUUACAAAAAAUAUCUACUGGGGCAUCAUCUGUGUAUGUUUUUUGGUGUAAUUUUAUUUUUUGUAGAAUUUGAGCAAGUGAAAAAAAACUGUGGCAAAGUUCUCAGCUGUGUCCACGUCAAUUGUUUAUGGUAAGCUCCCUGGGGUUUUUUUUUUUUUUUUUUUUUGCAGAUGUUAUAAUGAAGAAACAAAAUAGGGUUGUAGUGAAUAUGCAAUGUGUUUUCUUCCUUUGAAAAAAAAAUUGUGAUUUUCAAAUUAUGUAUUUUUAACUUUUAAUUUUCUAUCUGUAAAGCUGUUCUUAAAAAAUAAAGGACACGGUCAUGUCUUGAACUCUAAA